AUGCUCAAUAUUGAGGAGAGGAAUCUCCUGGCAACCGCUUACAAACAUGAAGUAACUGUACGUCGUUCCAGUCUACAAAUCCUCAACAACUCUGCCAAAAAUGAAGCAAACGGUAAGAGUUUUGAAGUUAUUAGCGGUUUGAGGAAAAACGCUGCUAAAGAAAUUCAGAUGUUGUGUAUAGAAGUGAUAGGUCUCCUGGAUAAUUUCCUUUUGCCGUCCGCUGUAGAUCUGGAGAACUCGGUUUUUUAUCUGAGGAUAAAAGGCGAUCACUGGAGGUAUGUAGCUGAAAUUUCGAACAACUAUUACAAGAAAAACGCCGUCGAACAGGCGAUUGAUGCCUACAAAUGCGCUAGUGAAAUCGCAGUUCUUGAACUGCCGUCUUGUCAUCCGACAAGAUUGGGUCUGGCUUUGAAUUUUUCGGUUUUUCUGUAUGAAAUUUUGAACUCUCCGCACCGAGCUUGUCGUAUGUGCAGUGCUGCUUAUCAUGAAGCUAUUCAAGAAAUCAACAAUCUAACUGACUGGUUGUACAAAGACGCAACACUCAUUCUGCAGCUUAUGAAUGAUAAUCUGAUGCUAUGGCUAGCCGAUGUAAUUGUAAAAGAACCUAAAGAAAAUACUUGA